GUAGCUCUGAGAUCCCGGAGCGACACACUUUUCAACCAGUCUGGCUUCGACCACCAUGCGGAUCGGGUAGUAGACACAACAGACGCAGCGAACUUUGGCACACCGCUUCUUCUUUCCCGUACCGGGAGAACGAAGAAAAGAGUGGGAAAACAAGCGUUCUUGAUUGGCGUUUCGAGAGUCCACAGCCCUCAUCCUCCAACCGUUUUAACUGUGCAAGGGGGCAAGUGAGAAGACGUUUGAAUGAACCACCACACGCUACUUGACGCCAUGACCGAUAACUUGAGGAUUUUAUAACUCUCCUCAGAGGAAGAGCGCCGCAUCUUAUAAGGAGCCACAGACGGACUAUUUUACCAGAUGAUCGCUUCUGCAAUCCGCAAACCCGCUGCUAUAAGCUAAACUGUCGGCAUUGAGUUUGGCAAGACUGUGACUGUGUCCUCUCCUCACUGUUCAUUGUUUGCUACUCUGGACUGUUGAUGUAGAGGGAUGGAGGUGGGGGGUUGGCAGGCAGCGGAGUGAGUGCAGGCCAUCUUCAGUAAACAAUUGGUCCUUGUGCACUUGGAGCAACACCCCUUUCACCCCCCCCCUCUUGCGUAGUAUGUGCCUGAAACUCCAAAGUUUUGGUUGGUGAUCCCAAUGCUUGAGAGGUCAAAACGGCCCUAGCCGGUUUGUUCUCAUUGACUACAGAAUCAAUAAUCAAUUAACCCCCCCUCCCCCAUUCACUCCAUUUUCCCAACAGAAGUGAUUGAUUGUUUAUGUACAAUCCCACCAUCAGCACCCUAGUUAUUAAAAGUAAUGACUAACCUAUAUUUACAAUUAGCCUCAGCGGUUCUUUUGGGUCACAAGAGAACAAUGGAUUAUUUGUCGUCGGUCGUACUCGAACCAGAACACCAAUGUAACAACCAUCUAUUAAAAAAAAACACCCUAAUAUGUUUUCUUUUAUCGGGAUUUGGGGGCUUUUAAAGAUAAAUACUUACGGGAUCCAAUACGCCUUUUAAUGGUUUUAAGACAACCAAAAAUGAGACCAUUUUAAGUGACAGUAGAUAAAACUGUCACUUUUUGCUUCUAUGUUUUUGUAUAAAAACAGCAUUUUGGAGCCUGAAAAUGCAAAUAUUUGUAAUUAUGUCCUAAAGUAAAAAAAGUUACUAUUACAACAUUUUUUUUCAACACAUUUUAAAAUCCUGGGAAGAGAUCCCCAAAUAUACUUUUUUGAUAACAAUAGGCCCGGCUUGCAUAUUGCACUCAUUUCUGAAGUCAUUUUUGCUGGGGAUCAUGUUCACAUCUCUACAACGAAAUUUUGUCACUACUAAACACGUUUAAACCAGGUAAUAGCUAGAACCUAUGCAUCCUCUUCUCACGAGACACCCAAUGGCAUGUUAUCUCUACGUCUGUGUUGCCGACUUACCCGUAUCUUUUGAGGGUGUUGUGGAAAAACGAGAAUAACCCGCUUUCGUCCGGAUCACUUUACCCUCUCUUUGUGCGUAAGUGUGUGACCUUCCUUUUGUGUGUUUGUCACAAUAUUAUUUGUUGAUAUGACGUCACGUGGACACUAGGGGGCCACCAAAAGUGUGAAAACAAUCAACGCUGCUAGCAUGUCGCUUCAGGAAAGAAAAAAAAGGGGGGGCGGGGAACUGAAGUUAUGCAGCUUUCCCGUCACAUGAUUGGAUAAAGAAAGUGGAAGCGCUUUGAAUUAAAUUAUAGUUAUUUGAUCACUUUGAGCAAUAAUGUCAUUCCAACUUUAGUUAAUCUGGCUUCAGUCCAUGUCAGACUGUCGUAAAACUUGACCCGCAGACUUGGACAUGCAGCCGGGAUUGAGAACAGAUUUAGGGAUUUGGUUUAAUAUUUCUGCUUAAUCUUCCCCACACAUCCCGAGAAUUUCAGUUGGCCGCCCCGAGGUCAGGUCUUAAAUAUUGACCAUUACAUCGCGUUAAACAUGGACUAAAAUUUCGGAAAUGUCUCUCUAUACCUGUCACGUUCACAUUGCAUACGGUAGUUUGAAUUAAAACGAUUUUCAUAAAAUCCCGACUAUUCUCAUAACAUUGACUUUUCCUCAUAGUAAUGCCGCAAUAUAAAAAAAACCCCCAAAAAGUUACUUUAGAUGUCAACAUGGACCCCAAAUUGUGCCUGUUUCUUUUUCGGCAUCCAUAUAUAGUUUUAUUUGGAUAAUGCUAACAUUUUGGAUGCUUGUAACAGCACUUGAAAUUACAAAAGUGGUAUCUCAGCGUGAUGCAGCGUGCACUGUCCUGAAUUUGACAUGCAUGUGCAUGUGACAAGCAACACUAAGUGACUCGGGAUUGAGUCAGUCAUGUCACAUUUCAGUAUGAGGGAAGUGGAUUUGUCUCUUCUUCCCAUUUUUGGUCAACGCACCGUGAGAAGAUAAGCCUGUGGGGAGCUCUUCUUCCUUCUUAUUCGUGUCAUCCAAAUUGUGAAAUGCAUUUUGAAUUGUGACCGCAUUUUGUCGCACUCUCGCAGAGGAAAUUUCACUGUUCCGAAGUUGUCGGAGUCCAACAUGGGGUAUGGCAUGCUAAGCGUGUUCCUGGGACUGCUCCUGGAGGUGUCCACCCACGGACCCCAUGCUGUACCCCGAACCUCCUGGAGACACCAAGAGUUGGAGCUGAUGGAAUUCUCCGAGCCGGGCAUCUCCAACUACUCCACUCUGCUGCUUAGCGACGAACGGGACGCACUCUACGUGGGCGCCCGAGAGGCCAUCUUUGAGCUGAGCAAGAAGAAUGUGACUGUCCGAAACCACAAGGUUCUGUGGCAAGUUGGCGAGACCCCCAUAGCCAUGUGCACUCUCAAAGGAAAAUCAAAGGAGACCGACUGCCUGAACUACAUCCGGGUGCUGCAGGUAGCUGACGACCAGCGGCUCUACGUGUGCGGGACGCAUGCCUUUCAACCGCAGUGUGAUUAUUUGACUUUGGCUGACUUUUCGUUAGAGGGUCGAGCAGAAGACGGCAGGGGCAAGUGCUCAUUUGAUCCCUCGCAAAGCUUCACCACCGUCAUGGUUGAUGGAGAACUGUAUUCUGGGACCGCUUACAACUUCUUAGGUAGUGAGCCCAUUAUUUCUAGAUACUCUCCAUCACCGUACCUGCUGAGAACUGAGUAUUCCACAUCAUGGCUCAACGAGCCCAGUUUUGUUUUUGCCGACGUGAUCAGGGAAGGGGAGAACCCUACGGACGGCGAGGAUGACAAAAUCUACUACUUCUUCACCGAGGUGUCCGUGGAGUACGAGUUCUUCGGAAAUCUGCUCAUUCCGAGGGUGGCUCGUGUUUGUAAGGGCGACCAGGGAGGACAGAGGACCUUGCAGAAGAAGUGGACGUCCUUCCUGAAAGCCAAGCUGGUGUGCUCCAUGCCCGAACUCAACUUUGUCUUUAACGUGGUCCACGACGUCUUCAUCCUGAAGGCCGCCAACUUGAGGGACACGGUCAUCUACGGGGUCUUCACUUCUCAGUGGGGAAACGUUGGUCUCUCGGCAGUAUGUGCCUACAACAUGUCCGCCGUGGAUGAGGUCUUCUCCAAGGGCAAGUACAUGCAGAAGGCCACCGUGGAGCAGUCCCACACCAAGUGGGUUCGCUACAAUGGCGUUACUCCUUCACCACGCCCUGGAGCAUGUAUCGACAGCCACAUGAGGCAGCAGAACAUUACGAGCUCGCUGCACCUCCCCGACAAGACCCUGCAGUUCGUCAAAGACCACCCCCUGCUGGAGGACCCCGUCCUGCCCAUUGGCAACAGGCCUCGCCUCAUCGCCAAGGACGUCAACUACACGCAGGUCGUCGUGGAGCGCGUCCGCACCCUCGACGGGAGCAUCUUUGAUGUCAUUUUUACCGGAACGGAUAAGGGGGUCCUACACAAGUCAGUGGUCCUCGGAGAAGAGGUCCACAUGGUUGAGGAAAUCCAGCUUCUGAAGAACUCGGAGCCCAUCAAAAACUUGGUGCUGUCUUCCGAGACGCAAUCCCUAUACGCCGGUUCUGACUCUGGGGUUGUUCAGUCUCCCACGGCGUUCUGCCUCAGCUAUCGGUCCUGUGAUGACUGCAUACUGGCCCGAGAUCCAUAUUGUGCCUGGGAACCUCACACCGCCCGAUGCGUCAAAAUCUCCGACACGCCCAGUCAGCAGCUCAGGGGGCUAAUUCAGAGCCUCAGUGGUGAUGCAGACAAGUGUCCUAAAGCUCCCAUUGUGCCCCUGAAGGACUACCGGCGUGUUUCGGUCAAGCCCGGCAGCUCCGCCGAGCUGCCGUGCCUGGUGCGCUCCAACAUGGCGCAGGUGACGUGGCGAUCCAACGGCUCGCUCCUCACCGAGGCCUCACCCUUCCACUUCAUUCGAGAGAACGGCCUGCUCAUCUACAGCGCGGCUUCCGUGGACCAGGGCCUAUACGAGUGCUGGUCUGUGGAGUUCGUCGCCGGCGUCGGGAAGAACUUCACACGCCUCCUGGCCGGAUACGUCUUGACUCUGGAGGUCCCGCAGAGCGCAAGCACCCACCAGAGCCAGGAGAUCACGCGCGGCGUGGAAGGUAAAGUUGAGGCUGACAGAGUGCUAACAUCAGCCUUCGCCCCGCCCAGUUUCACCCCCGCCGUGCUGCUCACAUCACCGUCCCGCUCAUCACUAACCCCAACCGGCGGCACCGAUCAGCCGCCCGAGCAGCAGGUUCCCCCGAAGAGCGACGCCCCAGAGGCGGAGUACUUGCAGCGCGGCAACGGCACGGCCCUCCUCUUUCUCUUCUUGCUCUUCUUCCUGCUCUUCCUGGCUGCAGUGGCCUAUAACUGCUAUAUGCAGUACCUCCCGGCUCCGUGCCUGCGCCUGCGGGCCGCCCUAUUGGGCACGCACAAGAAAAGCGACGGCGCCCGGCCUGAGUAUAGCGCCUGCGAAGCGGGCCUCAUGGAGACGCCGGUCGUGUCAGACAAAAUCGCCACCAAGGAGCGGCCAGCGCAAAACGGCAGUCAGAACCUGCGUGCGCUGCGCGAUACGGGCUACGAAACGGAGCCCGAGUGCAGCAACGGGCGCGUGCCCUCACACAAUUUUGCCGACGAAAGCCCGACCCCGCAGAAACCCUUUGACGUGGACUGCGAAUCCCAGUCCAUCCAGUUUGCCGAUGCCGAUGAGCCUUAUUGCUAGAAACAAAAUGGAAGCUUGGCACUCUGGCCACACACUUGUCAUCUUUUUGCUUUUUAUGUUCAGGAAGAUGCUGCGCCCUCCCUAAGUUGCAAAGGGGCAGAACAUUUCCAGAUAGUUUCUUUUAAACUAGGGAUAUUUUUUUAUUUUCAAUAUUCCACAUUUCAAGCAUUCCAUGUGAAUCAAGGGAAUUUAUGGGAAUUAACAGGAAUUUGAGGGUCAUUUAAGAGGAAGGUAUCAUGUACAAGCAGAAAUUGGCACGUCGGAUCGCAACUUGAAACAUAUUUUAUAUUGAUUCAAUACGGAGGCUGCUUUCAUGGAGAUCACAGAAAUCUGACAAUUUAAUGUUGAGAGGCUGAAAGUCUGAGAAUUUUGAUCAUUUAAAAUGAAACAGGAUCUCUAAAUGAUUGAUCGAUUAUCUGAAUUAUUAUUGAUAAUUAGAGAAUCAAUUUUGUUGUGUAAACUAUCUUCAAGAGCUAACCUUCACUUUUGCAAAUUCCUGGUUUAUUCCCAUUCAAUCCCAUGACAUAUUUCAAUGUUUGAAAAUCCACAUUUUCAAUCCGCUGUACACACCGAAUUUUUACAACUAAUUUUGAAAAGGAGAGAGACUCAACACUGAAGUGAAAAAAAUGAUCAUUCAUGUUCUUAUUGCUCAUAUGCCAGCACAGCUCACUCAACACACACACAAGAUCUCCUCCAAGUCACCUCAAACGAACCCAAUAACGUCUGUAGUACCAAGACUGACCUGUGAGUGGCAGCACAGUGCCACUGCGCAUCCCCCAUUGCCAAAAUGUACCAAGAAGAAUUGUGGGAGAAGGAAAAAGAAGGCAGAAUGUUCUCCUUUCUGGUAACAACACUGCCGUUGUCAACUUUCGUUUCUAUUGCGGCGAACGAGUUCAAACCUUCAACACAACCAGCUGCACUGUUUGCGUCCGCCAACAGCUAAUUGGCUAUUCUUCUGUUUGAGGUCACAGUCAGUGUCUUAAUGAUUUGUGAUUGUAAAUAUUGAACAGGUUUAACAUUUACAAGUGUCUGGGAGGAAAGAUCACUUUUAACACACCUCACCACGUUAAUCACCCAGGGUAAUCUUUUAAAGACAUAAAAUAACCGAGCCGACCGAUCACAUGAGUUGAAAAAUAUCGUCUGUGUGUAUUCCGUCUUAGCUUAGGUCCAGCAAGAAAAGCUAAUUCUCUAAUUCCAAAUUGGAAACAUUGUUUACCAAAUUGGUAAGUUAUGUGAAUGUUUUCCAAAUUGGACUCAGUUUUCUUUGUAUAGGCUGAGUAAGUCAUCAUUUUUGUUUUGUUUUGUGGUUUUGUCUGCGUCAUGGGCCGAUGGACUUCGACAAAUCUCAGGGAAAGUUUUGCUCAGCAUGUCGUAGCCCAGCUUUAUUCUUGGGGGGGGGGGGGUGUGGGGGGGACGAUGGUUGAUCGAAUGGAAAUCUAUUGGAUGAAUCAAACCACUCUUGUUUAAAAAAGAAA